GGUGUAAUUGAAAAAUUCAAACAACCCGCCCAGACAAAUGUAUGAUAUCUGAUAUACAUAUAUACCCGCCCCCAAAUCUAUCAAACCAGAAGAAGCUCCAGUUGUUCCAUUUCCAAUUGAAUGAGUCUUAUCGUCUCACAAUCACACCACUCAAUCUAGGAAUUGUGCUAUGAAAACUUGUACUAAAAACCAAUUACCCGGAGGAGAAGGAGGAGGAAGCACUGUUAAGCGCAAAGCUUCCCCAAUUAAGUCUUCUACUAAAUUGUCCGCUAAAUUUAUGAGGUCCACAUCACCAGAUAAAGAAAAUAAUACUCUUGCUCAACCAUUGCCUCCCCGUCUCGCGAAACAACCUCGUGUUCUGCAAGAUGCUGCUCGACUGCCUACAACAGAGCUAUUGACUCAUCACUUACACCCUUCAACAAAGAUUCAGCUUCAGCUUUUCCCCAUCAACCAGGACACUCGGAUUCAAUUGGAGAAAGAUGGUUACAAUCCGUUUCUAGAGCUCACAUUAAGAGCUCGCAAGAAGAUAUCGUCUGUCAUUACACACAUGGAUAGUAAAUGGGGCAGUUCGAGCAUUGCAACUGGAAAGCUUAUGCUUGUACCGUAUACUACAACAUUGGACAAGGUAGCGUCUGUGAAAAGAUGGACUUUGGAUGACAUUUCGGUAACUGCUGGAGAUGUAUAUGCAGCCGUGGACAGUCCUGAUGUAUUUCGCUUAAGAUAUGGCUGGUUUUCCAACCUUGAGUCCACUUGCUUUGAAGGUUCUUUAGGAUCUGAAGGUGUUAAUGGUUUUGCGCGUACUUCAGAGGUCACACCUAAUUUGAUGAAAGAAUUAGAGAGGACAAGUGAAGAUAUUGUAAAGCCGAAUCAUGUUGGCACUGCAGCUGAGAAGAUUGUUACUGACCAGUGUAUGGAUGUUUUAGCUAAUCAUUUGGAUGGUAAGAAGAUGGACAAUGGCACUGGAGGAUCAAGUGUAACAUGCGAUAAUAAUUUGACUAUUGGCACUGGACAACUUUUACCGUGGGAUGAUAGUAUUCUUAAUUUGAGCAUUGGAGGCUUUAUCUCCGAAUUAUCCUUACUGGGCAAGGCAGAUGGUUGCAAUAUAAAAUCAACUCAAAGUCAACAAGGGUUGCACCAAAUCCCAAUUUCUGAUUUUAGCAUUGGUGGGCUGCUCAAUGAAGCUUCUUUGCAAGGAAAGAUCCAUAGUAAUAAGUUAGCAUCAAAUAGUAGUAAAUCAGCUGUACAGGAAGACAUUGGCAAGGGAUCCCAAUUUCCAUGGGAUGAUAGUCUAACUAAUCUGAGCAUUGGGGGUCUGCUUUCUGAAGCAUCACUGCAGGAGAAGAUCCAGGCACAACCAGCAAAACCAUUAUUACGUGGAUCACAUUCAUCUUUUUUCGAUGCUGAAGAGACAUGCCAUGAAUUUUCAUACCAAAAAUCUUCAUUCACAAAACGUAAUCUGACUUCGAGUGGAAGCGGUAAACCUGGCAGCUGCAGCCACAAUACCAAUUUGAAUACUACAAAAGUUUCUUCUUGUCCCGAGGAAUCAAAGAAUGAUCAUCAGCCUGGUUCAAGAUUACACAGCGAAGAUAGUUUUAUUGGGCUGACAGGCAUCAAAUGGAACGACUCCUUGGGACCUUUUGAUGUUGGAGCAUCCACCCUACAGCCAGUUUUUGGAGACAGUAUUAGCUUCAGCAAACUCAUUCGAUAAAAGAGUUGUUGCCUCAUUCAUUUACUUGUGUAAUAUAAAAGACAUUCUAGCCGGUUCGAUAUAGGAAGAUUUGGAUGCCGAAAGACUUUGAAGAACUGCAACACAGUUAAAGACAAUAAUAAUUAGUUGAAUAGCAAAUGCUACUAUAGAUUGUUAAAACAGAACUUUGGAUUGCAGCUGGUUCAGAGGAAUGUGGCCGAAAUACAAUUUCCAUCCAUCCAUACAUAAAUUUAUGAAUAGAUUAAUGUUGUAGUAUUAAAUUUUUAAGCAUCGAAAUUUCUUUAGUUGGUGAAUAUUUUCUUUAAAAUUUUAUUUGUUUACUCCUUUUA